GCCAAUGCAGCGGAUAGAUGCGGUGAACGUUCAGGGGCAGAAGGGAUUCUCUGGCCGGAGCCGCGGCGGGGAGCGGGGAGCGGGGGGGGGGUCAGAGACUGGUCUCAAGGUGAGCCGGCGGACCACCGCCGCGCCGCCGAGCCACCGCGCACUCGGGCGGGCCGCGCGGCGGCGACCGGUGACUAUCAGCCCACUACAAACAGUCGCUAUCGGCGCCGCGGCGGCACGGCCGUGCGAGGUGCGCGGCUCCCACCGGCGACCGGCACAGCUCCUGCAGGCCGUCAUCGCCGACCCGACAUGGCUGACGGCCGCGUCCCCGACCAGUGACAGGCCCGGGGCGCCAUGGCGUGCCGACGGCCACGCCGGCGCCUGGGCCGGCUGCUGAGCGCCGGCCUGGCCGCCUGCCUGCUGCUGACCCUGCUCAUCAGCCUGGACCUGCUGCCCGCGCCGCUGGUCUCCAGACGGCCGCGGCCGGCCGCGCGCCGCACCGGCCCCACACCGGACACCUUCACAUGGAGUCAGGCGGAGGUGGAUGACACCAUGCUCUCCCGUGUUGAUCACCUGGCCACGGUCUGUAAGAAACACAAGCUGGGCCUGUGGCAGGAGCCGGGCGUGUACCCGGACAUAGCGCCGUACCCGCCCUCCCCGCAGUACGGGGUGUGGUACUUCAACAGAAAGUACAAGCUGGGCUAUUGCCCACUGUACAAGUCCGGCUCCACCUCGUGGCUGUACAACUUUGCCCUGCUCGGCGGCUACACGGAGGAGCAGAUCGCGCGCAGUGCCCGCCAGAUCAGCGACAUCAGCCGCUCCGUCACCCCGGAGCUGGAGUUCGACGGCGCCAGACAGGCGAUGAACGACUCGUUUCUGUUCCUGGUGGUGCGCCACCCGUUUGAGCGACUAAUAUCGGCCUACCGCGACAAACUGGAGAACAUCCGAGUCGGCCUGGAGCACGGCACCGAGCACUUCUACAAAAAGUACGGCCGACGCAUCGUGGAAAAGUACCGCCGGAAGGGUUCGGGCGCGCUGGGCCGCGGCUGGGACGCGCUCAACGUCAUGAGGGAGGUCAUCAACCGGGUGGCCUUCCAGCCGGGCCACGGCGAUGACGAGCGCGUGCCGCCGCUGGGCAUCGAGCCCACCUUCGCCGAGUUCGUGCAGUAUCUGAUCGACACCGACCUGGCAAACUACGCCGACGACCACUGGAUUCCCUACUAUCUGUUCUGUACGCCGUGCAACGUUCGCUAUCACGCCGUCGCAAAGUUCGAGACUCUGAGACAAGAUCAGGAGUAUAUUUUGAAAAUGGGAGCCGUUGAUCAUCUGAUCAAAGCCAAAUGGCGACACAUGACAAAGGGAAAACCCACUAAAACCGUGGCGGAAAGAUAUUUUUCCACAAUUACUCUGGACCAGGCGAGAAAGUUGUACGAAAAGUAUCGGUUCGAUUUUGAGUUGUUCGAGUAUUCGCCUGAUGACUACUUUAGGAUGACUCAUCAGUAGCUGCCUUCCUAGGUGGGUGUGUGGCGCGUGUUUCGAUGCAGCUCCGGGUCUGACCCAGUCACGGCUGCGGGACGAGUACCAGUCAGCAGGCAUUAGACAUGCAUUAGGCAGCGACAUCGUCGGCGGGCACUUCGGGCCUCGGGCGCCGAUCCGGCCGCAGUACUGCGUAUCUACUUUCUAAUGAAUCUGGGAUAAAUGUUUUGCAGGGUGCCCUUGAAAGCAUUCCAGAUGGCAAGUGCUAAAGCCAAAUGAUGUGUGAAUUGUAGAUGCUUCACUCUGUAAAAAGCCCAUUUAUCAUCGAAAUACACCACGGAUAUGCGUACCAGUAAAA